GGCCGGGUCCCGUUACCGGUAACGUUACCGGUAACACGUGGAGGCCUCAACCCCAACCCACUGCGGCCCGAGAGGCCACUUCCGCCUUUGGUCACAUGACCGGCCGCGAGGCUUCCCCUCAGCCAAUCAGCGGCCGGCUUGCCGCGUGACCUCCGUCCCGUUGCUGGCCCGUCAAGAUGGCGCUGUCCAUGGCCGCCUGCCGGGGGCAGCUCUGGCGCUUGGGGCCUGGACUGAGCUGCUGCCAACGGGACCUGAGCUCCCAGUGCCGCAGCCUCUCCACCAAGGCCGGUUCCCGGUCGGUACUGGCCGCACUGGUGUCCAUGGCAAAGCGUCUGACCGGCAGGUACGAGCGGUUCCUGGAGCUCACGUUCCCCAGGUUCUAUGUCCUGCACUCCACGUUCACCAGAGGGAUCCAUGCGCUGUUCUUGGAGGUGAAGGAGAUCAGGGACAUCCGGUCCCGGAUGGCACAACAGGGGCUGAGUGUGAAGCAGCUUCCGUACCGGGACAUGGAGAGGCUGCGGCAGUUCCGCAGGGACCUGAUCAAGACCAUUCCCAUUGGGAUCAUUUCCAUCCCUCCCUUCGCCAACUUCCUGGUCAUCGUCCUCAUGUAUUUCUUCCCCCGGCAGCUCCUGAUCCGACACUUCUGGACCCCCCAGCAGCAGUUGGAAUUCCAGGACACUUAUGACUCCAUCCGUAGGGAUUCGUAUCCGGUUGUACUGGAGAGCCUGGUACAGGCAGCUCAUUCCCUGCCUGACCCCCGGCUCCAGCGCCGCCUGCAGCAGCUCUGCUCCCAGGUGCAGUGUGGGUCCCAUCCCAGUGUGGCUGAGCUCUGGGCAGUGAGGGCAGCGUUUGCCAGCCCUGUCCUGGCUCUCAACCGGCUCCAGGUGUCCCAUGUGCAAGCCCUAAGCCGGGUCCUGUUCCUGACCCCACACCUACCGGGUCCCAUCCUGCGCCGUCGGCUCCGGAGCCACGUGCUGGAGAUCCGGGAGCUGGACCUGGCCCUGCAGCGCCUGAGCCUGGGGCAGCUCCAUGAGGAGGAGCUCAGAGCGGCCUGUUACCUGCGGGGCCUCAAUUGCACUGACCUGGAUGGGGCAUCGUGCAGAGCGUGGCUGGAGCAGUGGUUGGGGCUGUCCUGCAGGCUGGAAGCCUCCGAAGCCUCUCUCCUGGCCAACAGUCUGGUCCUGCUCUCCCUCAACUACAUCAGACCCAAGGAGUGAGGCUCAGCCUAAUCCCAGCCUAGUGCUGCCCAAAGCCCAGCCUGGGGGUUGAACCCCCCAACCCAAGCUGCUGCUAUGGGCAGCAGGUCCUGCUUGGCCAUAGGCUCCUGCUCUGAGCAUCCUUGGACAUGGAAUCAUUCCCAAUGGAUGAAGCCAAGACCAAGUCCCUGCAUCCCAGCUGGGAAAUGGGGUCCUGGGCUUUGUAUGGGGGCUCUGGGGCAGCUCCCUGCAUGGGAACCCCCCCAGUGCCCCUAUGAGUGACCCCAACACAGUGUCCAUGUGGUUGAUUAAAGCCCAGCUCAAGCCUG